AUGCUGGAGAAUUUAGGGAAAGGGGGUAGCAAAAGAGUGAACCUUUUCUCAGUUCAUCUGACAAAUUUGAACACAAAUAUUCGUAUUUGGAAGGCAUUAAAUUGGAGGGCAGCGAACAUAAACAUAGUCCGAAACCUUCUGCAAAGUGAUUCUACUGCUGGAUUAAGCUGUUCUAAGUGUGAUGUCCAGGAAAUUAAUAGUUCUAUCUCGACAAAAUAUGGAGAAACAAUUGGAUCCUUCAAGCUGGAUGAUUCUCAAGAAGCUGCUGUUGUAAGUUGUGUAGCGACUAGUAGAUGCUUUCAUCAUCAUUCUGUCAAAUUGUUAUGGGGUCCUCCAGGAACAGGGAAGACGAAGACAGUAGCUUCUUUGCUCUUUAUGUUGUUAAGAAUGAAGUGCAGAACAUUGACAUGUGCCCCGACUAACAUAGCAGUUGUUGGAGUUGCAAAUCGGCUUAUGAGCCUAGUGAGGGAAGCUUCAGUGUAUGGAACUUAUGGACUAGGAGAUAUAGUUCUAUUUGGAAAUGUAGUCAAGAUGAAGAUUGAUGAUCAUAAAGAUCUUCGUGACAUAUUUCUUACUAAUCGAGUUUUAUGUUAUAGGAUAUUUCUGUCUCCAUUUACUGGAUGGAGAAGUAGAGUGGAAAGCAUUAUCUGUCUUCUUGAAGAUCCUAAGAAGCAGUAUAGAAUGCACCUAAAUGGACUUGAUAAAGAAGUUGCGUUUUUGCCUCCACAUAAACGUUUAUCAGAUAUUUGGGAAAAAGAAAGCGAUGAUGAUGACAGUACAGGGAUGGGGGGAGAAUUAAGCGAAAGUAUAUUGACAUACGAAGAAUUUUUGAAUGAAAAAUUCAGUUCAGUAGGAAAGAGUUUAAUGGCUUGUAUAGAAAACAUGUACACGCACUUGCCUAGUUCUUUCAUCUCAGUGGAAGUAGCAAAGAAAAUGAUACGAGUAGUUGAGCUCCUUCAGACCAUAGAGAGUCUGAUGAGAAGUGGAUCCCCGCCAUUUGAAGGUCUUGAUGGAUUCGAGGAUGCAGGAGAGAUGGAAACAAGGCUUUUGUAUGGUCCAGUAAUUACUUGUAUUGAAUUGCUAAAAGAACUUCGCGCUACAGUGUCUGUUCCAAAUCUAAAAAACAAAACGCAAGUUAGAAACUUUUGCUUGCAGAAUGCAACUUUACUUUUUUGCACUGCAUCAAGCUCAAUUAAAUUGCACUCUUAUGCAAAGCCACCCAUGGAGAUGUUGGUUAUCGAUGAGGCUGCACAAUUAAAGGAAUGUGAAUCCACCAUCCCUUUGCAACUCACUGGUCUGCGCCAUGCUGUACUAAUUGGGGACGAGAAGCAACUUCCUGCAAUGGUGCAAAGCAAGAUCAGCGCGAAGGCUGACUUUGGACGGAGCUUGUAUGAGAGGCUUGUGCAUGUGGGACACAAGAAGCACUUACUGAAAGUCCAGUACAGGAUGCAUCCAUCAAUAAGCUUAUUUCCAAAUAAGCAGUUCUAUGACAAUAUGAUAUUGGAUGGCUUCAAUGUCAAGAAGAAAACUCAUGAAAAGCAUCUGCUGGAAGGCAAAAUGUUUGGUACAUUCUCUUUCAUAAAUGUCCCUUAUGGGAACGAGGAGUUUGAUAAUAACCAUAGUCUGAGAAAUAUGGCCGAAGUGUGUGUCAUUGCUGAGAUAGUGGCGAGGCUGUUUGAAGAGUCAAUGCUAAGAAAGCAGAGGGUAAGUGUGGGUUGUAUAUCACCAUACAAGGCUCAAGUAUACGCCAUUCAGGAUAAACUGGGAACCAAAUACCGAGCAGGAUCAAAUAAUUCUUUUUCUGUCAGUGUUAGCUCUGUUGAUGGCUUCCAAGGCAGUGAAGCAGAUGUGAUAAUUAUCUCAACUGUGAGAAGUAAUGCAAAUGGAACUGUUGGUUUUCUGUCUAAUCUGCAACGAGCAAAUGUUGCUCUUACUCGUGCCAGGCAUUGUCUAUGGAUAUUGGGUAACGGGUCGACUUUAGUAAAUAGUGGCUCUGUUUGGAAGAAACUUGUUAUAGAUGCCAAGUCUCGGGCAUGUUUUUACAAUGUUCAGGAAGACAAGAAGUUAGCUCUAGCUCUUGCUGGUUGCUUAAUUGAGAUUGGACAACUUGAUUCUUUGGUCGCAAGAUCUCUCUUAUUCCCGGAGGGAAAAUGGAAGGUUUUCUUGGGCGAAGUUUUCCUGAAAUCAAUGUCAACAAUUAAAAAUGAAAAGGUUUGUUCGCAAGUUCUUUCUCUAUUGAUGAGAAUUGCCAAUGGCUUGCGUAUGCCACGAGAGGAUCAAACUAUCAGUGUCAUGCAUGUGGAUGUAACUCUUUUUCAACUGUCAAAAAAUGUUGCACGGAGAAUCCUACAUCUGAUUUGGAUAGUCGACGUUAUCAAGGAAGAUGGGAAUUGGGUCCAGGUGGUAAAGGUUUUAGAUGUUCUGCCAGAGUAUAAAAUUCCAGAACUGAAACAGAACCUUAAAAUAUUAUUUGAGAAAUAUACCACUGAACUUAAAAAUCGCUGCAACCACCGAUGUAUUGAAGGGGAUACAGUUCUGCCAAUGACAUGGCGGAUGCAAUCAAAUGUUGCAACUAAAGCUGUAACUUAUAGCCCUGAUCAGAGCCAGUCAAUAGCAAGUCAAUUAGCUGCACUCAGUCUUGGCAAUAACACAGAUAAAGCAACUCAAAGUAACCGGGAUGCGGUUCUGCCAAUGACAUGGCCAAUGCAAUCAAAUGUUGCAACUAAAGCUGAAUCUCAUAGCCCUGAUCAGAGCCAAUCAAUAGCUAGUCAAGUAGCUGGACUCAGACGUGGCAACGAAACAGGGAAAGCAACUCAAAGUAGGGGGAGAAGAACAGGAUGCUUUAUAUUGUAAGUUUGUAAGUGGAGGAUUUCUCUAGUGAUCAUCUAGCAACUCUUUCAGAACUGAACUAUUGAUAUCUUGAGUAAUGUGAUGCAACCAGCAAGGUUGACAGUAUUCUUAUUAUUUCAUAACCGUACUUUUAUGGAUAUAUUUUUAUCGACUUUUAU